AUGGCCGACACCAACCCGCCUGCGCAGCCCGCUGCUGCCCCCGAGACUGCGCCCAACCUCCACCUCGACGAGGUCACUGGUGAGAGGGUGUCCAAGAGCGAGCUGAAGAAGCGCCAGAAGCAGCGAGAGGUCGAGAAGAAGAAGGCGGAGAAGGCUGCAAAGCUGCCGGAGCGCCCCAAGGCUCAGGGUAAGGCCAAAGAGGCCGAGGUCGAGCUGAACCCGAACCAGUACUUCGAGAUCCGCAGCAACAAGAUCAAUGCCCUGAGGAAGUCCAAAGACCCGAAUCCUUACCCGCACAAGUUCCACGCGAACACCCGCUUGCCGCACUUCCUGCUCGACCACAAGGACUUGAAGAGAGGCGAGGAGCUCAAGGAUGUCAAGACCCAAAUUGGUCUGAGGGUCAUGUCGAUCCGCUCAUCAUCUAACGCGCUCCGCUUCUACGUCUGCAAGGCCGAAGGAAAGACUGUACAGGUCAUGUGCCAGCUCCAGAACGCAAAGGGCGACGUUUCCUUCGAGAAGCAGCACGAGAACAUUCAGCGUGGAGACAUCAUCGGAGUCGUUGGUUGGCCUGGUGUGACCGCUCCUGCCAGCCGCCCGGAUGGUGGAGACCUCAGCGUUUUCGCUCAGGAGGUCAUCCUGCUGACUCCCUGCCUGAGAAUGUUGCCGACCGAACACUUCGGCUACAAGGAUCAGGAGCAGAGACACCGCAACCGAUUCCUGGAUCUCAUUAUGAACGACUCUACGAGAGACACGUUCGUUAAGCGGACUCAGAUUGUCAAGGCAGUUCGCCAGUACCUUGACGAGCGCGAUUUCCUUGAAGUCCAGACACCCAUGAUGAACAAGAUCGCCGGUGGUGCUACCGCACGACCUUUCAAGACUCACCACAAUGAGCUCGAUAUGGAACUUUUCCUGCGCAUCGCACCCGAGCUCUACCUCAAGGAGCUUGUCGUUGGUGGACUUGACAGAGUCUACGAGAUCGGCCGACAGUUCAGGAACGAGGGCAUUGACCUCACGCACAAUCCCGAAUUCACAACGUGUGAAUUUUACAUGGCUUACGCUGACUACCACGAUUUGCUGGACAUGACGGAAGAGAUGGUUUCGGAACUUGUGAAGAAGGUCACGGGCAGCUAUGAGACUGUCUUCCACACACAGAGUGGAGAAGAGUACAAGGUUAACUGGGCACGACCAUGGAGGAGAGUCCAGAUGAUCCCAGCACUUGAGGAGGCCACAGGCGAGAAGUUCCCUCCCUCUGACCAGCUGCACACCGCCGAGACCAACGAAUUCCUCAAGAAGGUGCUCCAGAAGAUGAACGUGCAGUGCUCAGAGCCACGUACCAACGCCAGGAUGAUUGACAAGCUCACCGGAGAAUUCAUGCGCGAAACCGCUAUCAACCCGACAUUCAUCGUUGGGCAUCCAGAGGUUAUGAGCCCGCUCGCCAAGUACCACCGCGAUCUUCCUGGUCUCUGCGAGCGCUUUGAGGCUUUCGUUUGCAAGAAGGAGAUUUGCAAUGCUUACACAGAGUUGAACGAUCCCUUCGAUCAGCGCUUGCGAUUUGAGGAGCAGGCGAACCAAAAGGCUGCUGGUGACGACGAGGCACAGCUCAUUGACGAGACCUUCUGCCAAGCGCUCGAGUAUGGACUACCACCUACGGGCGGUUGGGGACUAGGAAUUGACAGGCUCGUUAUGUUCCUCACUGAUAACUACUCCAUCAAGGAGGUUUUGACCUUCCCCUUUAUGAAGGAUGUCGAGGAGCCUAAGAAGACUGCAGCUGAGGUAGUCAACAUUGAGCCCAAGGCUGAGGAGGGCAUCUGUAAGUCUAGCUGA